AUGGUGGUAAGAAAUUAUAACGAAGAGUUAAAAUACUUAGAAAAGAUUAAUCCCUACUGUUGGAGAAUCAAAAAGGGGUUCCAGCCUAACAUGAACGUGGAAGGCGUAUUUUACGUCAACAAUACGCUUGAAAAACUAAUGCUAGACGAACUAAGAAAUUCUUGCAGGCCCGGAAUGACCGGGGGAUUUUUGCCGGGCGUUAAACAAAUUGCUAAUGUAGCAGCAUUGCCAGGAAUUGUGGGACGUUCUGUUGGUUUACCAGAUGUACAUUCAGGAUAUGGAUUUGCUAUAGGAAAUAUGGCAGCUUUUGAUGUGUCUGACCCAAAAUCAAUUGUUUCCCCGGGAGGUGUCGGGUUUGAUAUUAAUUGUGGAGUUCGUUUAUUAAGAACUAAUUUACAUGAAAAAGAUGUGCUACCUAUUAAGGAACAACUUGCACAAAGUCUUUUUGAUCAUAUACCUGUUGGUGUUGGUUCAAAAGGUAUUAUACCUAUGAAUGCUAGGGAUAUGGAAGAGGCUUUAGAAAUGGGUAUGGAUUGGUCCCUAAGAGAAGGCUAUGUUUGGGCUGAGGAUAAAGAACAUUGUGAGGAAUAUGGCCGUAUGUUAAAUGCUGAUCCAUCAAAAGUCAGUUUAAGAUCAAAAAAGAGAGGUUUACCUCAACUUGGUACCUUAGGGGCUGGUAACCAUUAUGCUGAAAUACAAGUAGUUGAUGAAAUAUAUGAUAAAUAUGCUGCAAGUAAAAUGGGUCUAGAAAGAACUGGUCAGGUUGUUGUUAUGAUCCACUCAGGAAGUAGAGGAUUUGGGCAUCAAGUUGCUACAGAUGCUCUAGUCCAAAUGGAGAAGGCUAUGAAGAGAGAUCAAAUAGCAGUAAAUGAUCGACAGUUAGCAUGUGCUAGAAUAAAUUCAGUAGAAGGCCAGGACUAUUUGAAAGCAAUGGCAGCAGCAGCUAAUUUUGCUUGGGUAAACCGAAGCUCUAUGACUUUCUUAACCCGUCAGGCAUUUGCUAAGCAAUUUAAAAUGGCCCCAGAUGAUUUAGACAUGCAUGUUAUAUAUGAUGUAUCUCAUAACAUAGCUAAAAUUGAAGAACAUGUUGUGGAUGGAAAAGUAAAAACAUUAUUAGUUCACAGAAAGGGAUCAACAAGAGCAUUCCCACCACAUCACCCUUUAAUACCCGUGGACUAUCAACUGACUGGUCAGCCAGUAUUGAUUGGAGGCUCCAUGGGUACUUGUAGUUAUGUCCUUACUGGCACACAUCAAGGCAUGACCGAAACCUUUGGAUCUACCUGCCAUGGUGCAGGACGUGCUCUAUCACGAGCGAAAUCAAGAAGAAACUUGGAUUAUAAAGAUGUCCUGACUAAGCUUGAGAGUAUGGGCAUUUCUAUAAGAGUCGCAUCACCUAAGCUAGUGAUGGAAGAAGCUCCAGAGUCAUACAAAAAUGUAACAGAUGUUGUUAAUACAUGCCAUGCUGCUGGUAUCAGCAAGAAGACUGUUAAAUUACGGCCAAUUGCAGUUAUUAAGGGUUAA